AUGAGUGAGCUCUUCCGGGAUACGGCCUUUGGCCACCUCGUCCGCUUCGUGUCCCGCGGCAAGUUUUUCAAGUACCAAGAGGAGAUUGAUCCUUCGCUGUACACGCGAUUCAUCGAUGAGAAGAAGUCCGGGUACAUGGCCCAUCAUGGCGAUACCAAUCCACCAGCAGACGGCACCGAACCACAGACUCUUGGUGGCGUCAGGACUCGCGAAGAGCGAUAUACUACCGAAUCACCACCGAGACUAUCGACAAACCGACGAUCAUCUUCAGAGCAAACGCGAGUCGGCCAGGAGAAUGCCAACGUCAACUACGUUAGCGGCGUCCAGAUCGACCAGGAAAAGGGCAAGGACGUCCACAUCGUCAGCUGGUGGGGCGAUAACGAUGCUGAGAACCCACGGAAUUGGAGUCUUUUCAAACGAUGCUUCGUCACCUUCGAGAUUUGCCUCUUGACGACGUCCGUUUACAUUGGAUCUUCCAUCUACUCGGCCGGUACGGAGAGUGUCAUGGCCACCUUCGGCGUCAGCCAAGUCGCUGCAACACUGGGACUUUGCUUGUUCGUAGGAGGAUACGGGCUUGGUCCCAUGCUCUGGUCGCCCAUGAGCGAGAUCCCCUUCAUCGGAAGGAAUCCGAUCUAUCUGGGCACACUGGUCAUCUUCGUUGCGCUGCAACCGGCUGUGGCCAUGGCCACCAACUUUGGCAUGCUCCUCGCAUUCCGUUUCAUCACCGGCUUCUUCGGUAGCCCGGUUCUGGCUACGGGUGGUGCAUCGCUGACUGACAUUUGGAGACCUCAGAAGCAAGCAUACGCCAUUUCUAUCUGGGGCAUUGCGGCAGUCUGUGGUCCCACACUUGGUCCUCUCAUCGGCGGUUUCGCAGUCCAGUAUGGUGGGCUCAACAACACCAUUCAAGCACCAUGGCAAUGGCCAAUUUGGGAGCUCAUGUGGUUGUCGGGCUUCUGCUUGGUCUUCCUUUUCUUCUUCUUCCCAGAGACGAGUGCCAACAACAUCCUCCUUCGACGAACCAAGCGCCUGCGCAAGUUGACCGGCAACGACAAGCUCACAUGUGAGCCAGAACUCAUGGCCGCGCAAAUGUCCGGCAAGGAGGUGGUCAUGAUGUCGCUCGUCCGUCCUUUCACGCUCAACUUCCUUGAGCCGAUGGUCUUCUUGCUCAACUUGUAUAUCGCCUUGAUCUAUGGCUUGCUGUACAUCUGGUUCGAAUCGUUCGUGGUCGUGUUCAUUGACAUCUACCACUUUGGCCUGGGCACUGAGGGUCUUGCCUAUCUCGGUAUUCUCAUCGCCGUGUUUUUGGUCGUCCCGCCAUUCUUUGCCUACCUGUACUACUACCUGGAACCAAAGUUUGACGAGAACGGCAAUGUAAAGCCUGAGCUGCGUCUCAUCCCAGCUAUGUUUGGUGGUUUCUGCAUUCCAAUCUGUCUAUUCUGGUUCGGCUGGAGCGCACGACCAGACGUCCACUGGAUCAUGCCCAUCAUCGGAUCCGGAUGGUUCUCGAUCGGUGCCUUCCUGCUCUUCAACUCUGUGCUCAAUUACCUGCCAGACGCAUACCCCGAGUACGCAGCAAGUGUGCUGGCCGGCAACGACUUUAUGAGGUCCAGCUUCGGUACUGGAUUCCCGCUCUUCGCAUCUGCCAUGUACGGCAACCUGGGUGUUGCUUGGGCGAGCAGCACGUUGGCUUUCAUCUCGCUUGCUUUCAUUCCGAUUCCGUUCUUGCUGUACAGGUAUGGCGAGACAUUGAGGAAGAACUAUUCGAAGCAUGCUCGCAAAGACAUAUAG